UGUUUCGUUGAGUGGUCUGCGGGUCUGCAGCUAGACCCUUCUCGCUUCUGGGAGCUUAGUUGAAAAUGUCGGACUGGCGGCGUAGGAAAUGAAAGAAGGUGAUUUAGUAUUUAAAUGUACACUGUUCGUGUGACUUGGUCCCGGGAUCAAGUCAAAGCUGCGGACCGUGACGUUGACAAAGUGAACAUUCCCGCUAAACGGUCAGGAGAAGGGUAUUUGCAGAACGACCACUACAGCAUUACACAAGAAUUCUUAUUAAGCACAUCUGUAAGCUGAUAACCAGCCAUAAUCAAAGAUGAGCGACCUUCUGACAAGAAGUUUUCGGGCCCAGCUGACCCUCAACAUGGAGGCAACCCUGAAAAAAGCUGUAUGUGACAUAAUGAGGAUCUUUGAGGACAGCCUCCAUGACCAUCAAUUGGAGUUGGUGCAGAAAGGCGAAGAAGUUGCACAUCUUAAAGUAAAGUUACAGACUGCAGAGCUCAAGCUGAGAGACUGGGAUUGUAAACUUACCCAAGAAGCUGAGAAGAGUAAAACUCACAUCAAUCCCCAAGAAGCUGAGAAGAGUAAAACUCACAUCAAUCCCCAAGAAGCUGAGAAGAGUAAAACUCACAUCAAUCCCCAAGAAGCUGAGAAGAGUAAAACUCACAUCAAUCCCCAAGAAGCUGAGAAGAGUAAAACUCACAUCAGUGAGACUCAAAGAGAGCCUGGAGUUGACAUGAACCCAUCUGGACAAACUACUGAUGUUCCUGAGAUUUACUAUGAAGUGCCUGAUGACUGGUGUGCUCCCAUGGCUAAUGAAACAACAAUCCCCAAGCAAGAAGACAUUGUGUGUCCAAGUAUAAGACUUCGGCGACUGCUGAUUCCUGUGCACCACAUUCCAAUCAUCAAGCAGGAGGUGAUCAGCCAUGACAUUGACCAGCAAACAAAGGGUGUCAGUAGAUCCACAAGAUGUUCCACAUUAAAUAAGAGUGAGCACACUCAAGACACAAUCCUACUAAAGUGUGUCCCAGGGGGGCGAGGCAACAUAAAUGACCUUCUCCUCGACAUAAGAGAGGAAAACGCGAAUAUCAGUAAGUCUACUGAGGAGACAAUGGAAAAUAAUGGUGAAAAGUAUUCCUGCAAACUUUGUGAGAAGGUAUUUGAUAGAGACAUUAGCCUAACCAAACACACACAAUCACACACGAGGUGUCGAGGUUGCAGAAAAGUGUUUCCUUUACCAAAUAGUCUUGGAUCUCAUGAACAAAACUGCAGAAAAUUGAAGAGAUUGUUGUCAAGGAUAGCAAGGAGAGCAUUACGCACCAAACAAAGGUCACAAAGGUCACAAAGGUCACAAAGGUCACAAAGGUCACAAAGGUCACAAAGCAGAGAGCAGGUGGAAAGCUCACCACCCUUUGGCCACCAUAGUGAAUCGUCAGUUCAGAGAGUUGGACCCACCAAGAAACACUCCUGUGUUUACUGCCACAAGAAGUUCUCAACAAAGACCAAGCGCAGGGACCACAUUCGUGUUCAUACUGGUGAAAAACCAUUUAGAUGCAGUAUCUGCCCAAAGAAAUUCACCACCAACUCGUCACUCAAAUGGCACAUAAAGAAAGGUCGCCACGGCCAAAUGAAUCCCAGUGAGCCUCAAGGAGACCUUGCUUGGACCAUGCCUCUAUAGAAGACACGGAAGCUUCUGAGUAUUUGAAUUUGUCCAGCAAAGACGCUCAAAACAAUGUCCAGAGAGAACACAGUCUGCGCAAAAGGUGUGAAUGGCAAACCAUGGGUAAACGCAGGUCCAAUGGUUAUAUCUGCUCCGUUUGUCAGAAGUUAUUAAAAACCAAAUUCAGUUUGGGUGAACACUAUCGUAUCCACACGGGAGAGAAGCCGUUAAAAUGUCACGCGUGUCCAGCAAUGUUUCGUACUAUUCAACAUCGUUGCAUGCACCGAAAAAGAUACCAUUGUGUUAAGGGGCUGCCACAGCGAGAAGUGCAAGAAGCUGUACUUAACAAAGGCAAGAUAUAAUAAGCAUGUGUCCAAAUGCUCAGUUGAAAAGCAUAUUACCUGCAAGGUUUGUGGAAAAGGCUUCUACGUUUAAGCUCACCUCUUGACUCACGUGACGCGUUGCCACAGUUAAGUCACUGUACCGAUCACGACCCCCAUCGGGACGAAAGACUGGACUUUCUGGGAUCGAUCAGCUUUCAUCGCCAAAUUAAGUUCAACUUUGUUUUUACUUUUUAUGAGGUGUGAUCAUAUUCGUUAUAAUAUUAUUUUCAUAUCAGUAUACCCCGUUUCUGUUGAAUAUCAAUAUUACUGUGAUACAAUAAAAUAUACUGAAAUCAGAAAUUUUUAAUUUGGGUGAAUACAUGAAAGAAUUUGUGUGUGUGUGUGUGUGUGUGUGUUGUUAAUGCAUCUGUCUAAUGCAGUAUGAGUUUGAGUAUGACUUGUCAGGCCAGUUUGAUGAGCCCGGUGUAAAAAAAAUGUUAGUCCAUGUUCCAUAUUCACCACCAGGUGCUACUGUUCUACCAUCGACCAUUUGUUGCAAUAACAAUAAAAAGUAGUUUGAAUACAGAUGUGCGCUGGAAAUGUCAUGUACCAUUUUAAUUAACUCAAAGCAGACCUACUACUUUCAAAUGUAACAUUCAAAAAAAUGUUCAGCUUUCUGUUUGUAAGAAAUUACUGCAUCCAAACAAUCUUUUCAGAUCAUUGCAAUACAAAACAAUGUUAAAAAAUCAUGUUGGUUUUUAACUAAAUACUAGGCAACUUUUUUUUAAAUUUCCAGUUGUAGAAGUAGCUGGUAGCAAUAAUGGUUGGUGUCAUCUAAAAACACUGUUCAAGUGAGGAAACAAUGUCAUAAUAUACGCCCAAUAAAACUCAGUUUGUAUACAUUUAUGUUAAGUGAUGCCAUUUAUUUGGGGUUUUGUAGUAUCUCUGUAGACGUUAAGUUUUCUUAUCGCGAGACUUGCAACGCUAUCACGCCACAGACACCAACCUGCUAGUUAGAGGACGAGGAAAGUGUAGUGUUUUCGUGAAUUUGAUGUAGAAAUGUGCAGAUAUUCAGCCAUUGGCGGUUUGCGACUUUUGCCUUUUACGCUGCAUAUCCACGGCGGGCUCUUUUCGACCUGAAACACGCUCGGUAAAACCGCCUCAUUGGGUCUCUGUUUACACAUUAGCCGAAGGUAACGCUAGCUAGCACACGUUCCGCACUGACUGCUUGUUUACAACCUGAUUCCCUAUAAAUGACUGUAGAUAUUUUCUAAAUAUGUAAGCUGUGCAAACUGACGUUUUACAAAACAUUGUACAUGUCACCACUGUGUGUAGCAGCUGAGACAUAUCUUUGAAAACUCGUAUUUAACCAGCAGUAUUUUAAAAGCUAAUCGCUGUGAUAAGGUGUAGAGAUGGCGUAGCUGUUUAACAUGGCAGCAGCCCAGGGCAGAGGAGUGUGCAGUGGUAGCCACUUUGUUCCCCAGCUGCACCUGGAGGCCAAACGGAGAAGAAAACAGAGCGAGUCGACCGUUGACUUAAAGACACAGUCGGUGAAACUCAGGACAAUGGAGUCUGCCAGGAGUGCUUUCCAUGCUCAGCUGGCCACCGUCAUGGACUCUCUGCUGGCAGCCGCUGUGUGCGAGAUCGCCAAGAUCUUCGAGAGCAGCCUGUGUGAGCAGCAGGCGGAGCUGGUGCAGAAGACAGAGGAGAUUCACCUCCUCCGUGACAAGCUCGAGAGGAGGCAGAAGACGAAGAGCGGGGGCAGCGAGGAUGGAAAGGUGCCACCAGGAGAGCGAGACGGCAGUUUGAUACUGACAGGAUCAGUAGUGAAUGUUGGAAAUUAUGUAUCUUCUCACCAAGACCCAAUAGAAGGGCUCAGUCAGAGCCUCAGCGGACUGAAAGAGGAGGUCACGGGCCACGAUGGAGCUUCAGUAAAACAUGAGCGUGCUGGAUCACAGCCUACCCUGGGGUCUGUGUCAGUCCAAGCUGAAGAAGGAGCACUUGCCGCUGGGGACCAGAGGCAGAUAGAUACCCUGUCUGUCACGCAAGCCAAGGCUAAAAUGUCUCACUGGGUUCAGGACCCUCACAGUGCAGACCAUAGACCCCUUCAGGAUCAAGCCUCCACCCCUUUUCUCUCCAUCUCCCAGAGUGGAUGUUGUUCCCCCAGGUCUGACCCAGGCUUAACUCAACCAGGGGAGUGGUUUCCACGGUUGGAUGCCACCCGAGGUCUGGAGAAUCUGCAGGCAGAUGGCACCAGCUGCUCUGUGCCAGCUAGCAGUAGUGCUGGCACAGAGGCACCCUGCUUCAGACCUGGUUUUGGCCCUGACGAGGCCAGUAACCAAAGUGGUGAUGGCUCCUUCCCUUUUUUGGACCAGGAGCAUGAGAACCAGAACUCCAAUCAGAAUUCGGGCCAGGGCCGGGGCAUGGGACAGACUGAGGCUCGGGAAGAUCAGCCACAAGCUCCCUCUGGUGAAUCACCAUGGAGACCCAGAGACGACAGGGGUGGGAGGAUCAAUAUCAGUCUCACACGGCGUGUCACAUCCCUGGGCGUCAGAGACCCUCUCAGACCACAGUCAAAUUCACAGUCGCUUACGCUACGACACACCAAUGCCCUCAGUCACCCUCCAGUUCCUGGUGGAGGGAACGUACGACCUUACACCUGCCCGUAUUGUACCAAGUGUUUUACUUACCCCUCCCACCAGCGCAGACACCUUUUGCGCCACACAGGAGUCCGACUGCAUCCCUGUCAGUUUUGUGACAAGAGCUUCCUCACUCCCUCGGAGCUGACGGUGCAUACUCGCACACACACAGGAGAGCGCCCUUUUGGCUGCGCUCAGUGUGGUAAACGUUUUGCCCGCAGCGGGAACUUGAGAGCCCACCAACGGGAUGUUCACAUGGGCAAGAGGCCCUUUGCUUGCACAGAGUGUGGGAAGAGAUUUGCUCACAGAGGGAACCUGAGGGUUCACAAUCACAGGGUCCACCAAGGAGAUCCAUACUACAUGGAAGAUCAGCAGGAGCCUGACCUAGUCCCUAAUCCCAUGUGAUUAAUCCCAUAAUCCUAUAAUAAUGAUUUUGCACUUUAAACUGUUUGGCAAUGUCUAGAAACAUAUUUCAGUUAUCUCCAUCUGCACACCUAAAAAUUAUUCCAAAGUAUUUAGUUUUCUUUGUCGUUUUAUUUCAUGUAUGACGAUCAUUUCAUGUACCUACAUCACUUUUUUUUUAUUGAGGAAAGAUGAGAUAAAAGUGAACGUUAUUUGUGUCUUUUAAUUAUGCUUUUGUGUCUAAAUGAAUGGUGACUCGAAAAGAGUGAACUUUGUAUUUAAUUGUAUUAAUGACUUGAUAUUUUCAGCAGUUGUAAAAACUUCUUUCAGUUUAGUUUGUCAUGUCAUUACUGAAGUAACGUAACAUCAAAUUAGUUUUUUCUUUAAGUUGAUAAAGGAGCUCUAAUUAUUAGAUUAGAUGUGGCAGGCAGACGCAGCAAAAUUGUGCUUUUCUACUCCCCAACUCCUCCAGUUGAUUUAUACUGUUCCCUUAAGAUAGAAAUGUGAUUGCGAAAGGUAUAUAACUGUGUUGUUAAAGGUGCUUUUAUAUUCAUCUCGUUUUUGCCAAAUAAUAUACUUGUACACUCUAUUUCCUGUAUUUUCAGCUUGAAACUAAGACAUGUUGACUCACUAACUCUACGGUAACCUUUGCUUGUCGGACACUAGGGGGCAGAGUGGUCAUGAAAGAGAUUUGUAGAAAUCAUUUUGGGGAUGUCGUUAGAAAUGUAUUAUUGAUCAAAAGCGUUUCUUUCUAUACCAUGUGCCCUAUAUUUUCAUAUGAUUUUUUUUUUUUUACCAAGUAAUGCACCAAUGUCAUCUUGCAUCACUCUUGUACUUAUUUAUUAAACCCUAAUUUAACCAGGAAGGUUAAAGGAGACAAACGUAUACCUGGCUGACAUGACACAAAACAACAGAAUGCAUUCUGAGGGUUAGAAGUACAAAGUCCAGUUUAUGCCCUGUGCUUUUUACUCAUGUGUGUAUACUCAAUUUAGUCACUUUGAACCUCCAAAAUACAAGUUUCCGAGGAUCUCGUAAAACAAUGUUCAUUUGUACAUUGACUCACUAAUCUCAGCUAUAAACUGCAUAUAAAGCUGGUCUCUCUCUCCUCCACGUCAGUCCUUAAACAUCCCCGUCUAAUGUGAUUUCAUUGUGGAAGCUUCAAAAGAACAUCUGGGGAAAUUAAAAAAGAAAAGAAAGACAAGACACUGUGUUUUUGUCCCCCACCCCUUACAAUGAAAACACAUUAGGGAGGAAUGUUCCGUAGCAGGAUUCUGUUCUUGACCAUCUACACACACACACACACACACACACACACACACACACACACACAGUCUCAGCUGCUGAGCGAGGCUGGACCGUGCCGUUUGUGCCUAUUCCCCAGGCAGCUGACACCUUGGUUUGCUCAUCGAGAUUACAUCACCUGACCGCUGCUACUGACCUUGUCUCCCCCCCCCGGGGGUUCAUUUCAUAGUUAUGAAAAUGAAAGUUGUAAGAGUGUAUGACACUGGCUGUAAUACAGGACGGGGAGAGGGUGGGGAAUAGUUUUAUGUUUUGCUUAAAUUUGGAGUUUGGAUUUGUAAUGUGUGACAUACUGGGGCAAAGUGUGUGUGUUUGAAGGACUGAACUACUGACCAAGUAAAGCUCGUUUCAGGUGAACGUACCAUUCAAGUGUGGUAUUUAUGGGAGAUGAACGCGUCGCAUCAAACCAAAACUGUAGGCAGAUUUGAGUCUAAAAAUAACUGUGUGUGUGUGUUUCAUAAGCACAGCUCACAUUGCUGUUGUUUUUCCCGUUUGUGUAUUUGGUUAUGUGUUGUCUCCUUUAUGCCCUAAGCAGCUUUGCCCCAUGCAGAUAAGCCUACAAAUGAACAGCUGACCCGGCUGGAGGGAUUACACCCUGCUCUGACAUAACGUGAGAAGAGCGUUGCCCAAAGGUAGGGUGUAGAUAUUUCCUGCUCAAAACAGCCAUAGUCCAGUGGUUUUACCAACAGUUUUCUCUUUAGCACUGAUUGAAGUCCUAAACGCUCCGUGGGACACUCUUGUAUAAAUCUUUUAUAUGUAGACCCCGUUUUUAAAGAAGACAAAUGAUUGUAAAUCAUGAGCAAAAUGUUAUUUUGAACAGAUAAACGAGCCAUUUCCGAAAGACGUGGUUAGUAAAUCACGUUUUGUUUUUAAGCAUGCACUAUUUAUUAUGUGACGGCUCUAAAGAUUUGAUAUUAAGUUUUAUCCUCGGUCUAAUGUUGAUCACCA